GCAAAUGUUUUUCUAACUUCUUUUUCCGAGGUAGGGGGCGAGGAAUGAAGAAACAGACACACCUCCGCGCUCCUGCUAUGUUUAAAAGUGACACUAAUGCGCGUCCGCGUUUCUUAACAGCAACAUCUCCAGACUGCUCUGAGGUUAAACUGCAGACAUGGGCAACUGCAUGGACGGCGUCUGCGACCGCCCGAAGAACACUAACAUUAAAUUGAGUUUACCUGCCGUGUGUUUCGUCUGGCAGCUGUCUAUGAUCAUUCUUUUUGGGGUGUUUGUGCGGUAUGAUGAAGAGUCAGAUACUCACUGGGUUGAGCACAAACAGACACACAAUAUCACAAGUGAUAUCGAGAAUGACUUCUACUUCAGAUAUCCAAGUUUUCAGGAUGUUCAUGUCAUGAUCUUCGUGGGCUUUGGCUUUCUCAUGACCUUCCUGAAGCGCUACAGCUUUGGUGCUGUGGGAUUCAACUUCCUGGUUGCGGCUUUCGGCAUCCAGUGGGCUCUUCUGAUGCAAGGCUGGUUCCAUUCUCUGGACUACACUGAUGGAAAGAUCAAGAUCGGUGUAGAAAACUUGAUCAAUGCAGAUUUCUGUGUGGCGGGUUGUCUGAUCGCUUACGGGGCUCUUCUGGGGAAGGUCAGUCCUGUUCAGCUGUUGGUGAUGACGCUGUUUGGCGUCACGCUGUUCGCUGUGGAAGAGUACAUCAUCCUGUCUGUCCUCCAUGCCAAAGAUGCCGGUGGCUCCAUGGUGAUCCACACUUUUGGAGCUUAUUAUGGGCUGUCAAUUUCAUGGGUUUUGUAUCGGCCUAAUUUGGAUAAGAGCAAACAUUUGAACGGGUCUGUCUACCACUCAGACGUGUUCGCCAUGAUUGGCACCCUCUUCCUGUGGAUGUUCUGGCCAAGUUUUAACUCUGCCAUUGCUGAUCAUGGAGACGGUCAGCACAGAGCUGCCAUCAACACAUAUCUGGCCUUGGCCUCCACCGUUCUCACUACAGUCGCCAUGUCCAGCCUGUUUGAGAAAACAGGGAAACUAGACAUGGUUCACAUCCAGAAUUCCACGCUGGCAGGCGGAGUUGCUGUAGGAACAGCAGCUGAGUUUAUGCUUUCACCAUACGGAUCUUUGAUUGUGGGCUUCUUCUGUGGCAUCAUAUCUACCAUGGGUUACAUUCAUUUAUCGCCGUUCUUGGAAGAGAAACUGAAGAUUCAAGACACCUGUGGCAUCCAUAACCUGCACGCUAUGCCAGGGGUCAUGGGAGGAAUUGUGGGUGCCAUCUCAGCCGCUGCUGCCACCACCACGGUUUAUGGAGAACAUGGGUUGCAGAAUACGUUUGACUUCACGGGGGAUUUUAAAAACCGUGUGCCUACUAUCCAGGGAGGAUAUCAGGCAGCAGGGCUGUGUGUGGCUUUGUGUUUUGGAAUCGGAGGUGGCAUACUGGUUGGCCUGGUUCUGAAGCUGCCCAUCUGGGGCGAUCCUGCAGAUGAAAACUGCUACGAUGAUGAGAUCUACUGGGAGGUUCCUGAGGAUGAAGAAAGCAUUCCUCCCAUCCUGGCCUACAAUAACCACAUGAUCCCAGACAAACAUGCAGACAUGAGAGAGACAAACUUCGUGGAGCAGCGUUAACAUCUGGAAUCAGAUCCGCAGUGAAAACAUCUGCUUUCCUGCUGCUGUCCCUGAAGAUAACAACACUCACUACACGCCAACAUUACAAACAAACAGACAUUUCUUUUGCUUGAACAUAACACAUCACACAUAUCUUUAUGAUACAUAGAAUACUUUAUUUUAUCCAGGUUGAGAUGCAAAUAUUUUAAAUAUAUCCCUUACUAUAUCUGCAUGUCAGAAUUCAGAUCACUCAGAAUGAUAAAGUAGUAAAAAGAUCAAUUUAUUUUUCUUUUAACAAAAAUGGCGGAACGAAUCCUGAUGAUUUCCUGUGAAUGUGUUCAGAGAAAAUGUGACCAAAAACCCACAACCUCUAAACCUCCUCCAAGCUGUUCCAUUUUUAAUGAAGUUGAUUUUACAGGUGUUCAUUUAAACAUUUGUUACCCAGACAUUAUUUGAUCGUUAUAAUGUCGUUAUUUCAUUUUAUAAGAUUCAAAAUGGUUUGCCUUUAAUUUUGUAGGUGAGAAUCUGCACAUUGUAUCCACAUUUUAAAAAGCUAAAUUCUAUAAUCUUUUAUUUAUAGAUUUUUCCUGAUCAUUUGCAUGUCCAUGUCAAUCAGCAUGCGUGCAGAACAUCUCUAAAUCAAACAUUUGUCAUUUUCCUAAUGCUUUCACAAAUGAACCAAAAUGACAGCAACAGUGUGCAACAUCAGUGUGUAAAUACUCCUAAACUGUUUCCUUUCUCUAAUGUAGCAUGCACAAUUAAUUUUUGUUUGUUAUCUUUAUUGUAAAUUGAUUGUUCAAAAGAAAAUAAUAUUAAACUUUUGGCUGCUGUAUAAUUCCAAA